CGAGCGCGGUUGAGUGUUCACUUCCGUUUUCGAAUCCAACGUCACCUGUAUCAAAAGUUCGUGUGUUUUUGUGUUUCUUUGGAGCCACAAUGAUUCUCGCUAAUUUAACGUUUCGACUGCAGAAAUUUGAGCUGGGCUUCUUCACUUCUUAAAAACCAAAUCAAGUAAAUCGCAUUAAGAAGAAAGGAUUCAGCUCCUUCAAAAAGGAAUAUAAACGUUACAAAAUAUUAAUAUCGUAAUUCAAAUACAAAAGACUAAAUUCUUUGAUUGUAUUUCAAAAGAAAGGAUAAAAGAAAGAGCUUGCAAAAAUGGGUAUUCAAGAUUUGCAACAAUUUCUGGAUAGCAACAGUGUACCAGGUGCAUCUGUGCCAGUAGAUUUAUUAAAAAUUGGAAGAAACAUCAGCCAGAGGCAACGGAGUCGAGUUGUUAAGGGACAACCACAGCAAGUUACAGGGCCAAAAUUACGAUUGGUUGUGGAUGGAGAAUGUUGCUUCGAUAGACUCUAUGGAGGAUAUUUUUCUGACUGGGCUUGCGGUGGUCAGUGGAACCGAAUGUCUCAGUACAUUUCCCUUUUAUUACAAGCAACCGAUAUGCAUGGUGUGGAAUUAGCUGUAUUCUACAAUGGAGCCCUCGAGACUUCUCGACGAUCUGAAUGGAUCCAGAAUCAACUGAAAGUGCGGAUUAAAGUAAACAAUGUUCUAAAACACAUCACAACCAAAGGCACACCUCCACCAAAAGUUUGGUGGUCUCCCCCAGUUUGUUUGCGCACGAGUUUGCGCAUGGCUUGCCGGCACAACAAUAUUCCAGUUUUUUGCAGCAUGGACGAUCAUCACCAGGAAGUAAUUGCUUACUGUCGGGAAAACAACUUCAGUGGAAUCGCUGCCGACGACGCCGAUUAUGCAGCUUUCGAUCCUCCGAGAUACUUUUCUUCCCAACAGUUCAAAUUGACCUACAAGGGUUCGCUGGAAACGAAAGAAUACAUAAUUUCCGAGGUGACAAAGACACUGAAUAUUCCAUCCGACAGACUCUGCAUUCUCGCGGCCCUCCUUGGAAAUUUCAUUUUACCAGAGCACGACCUGGCCGAAUUCUACAAGAAAUUAAGCAUCACGACGAACUUGGCCAAAACCAACGUUGAACAGACUAUUAAGACCCUGUCGACUUUUGUCAGAGAACUCCCAUCUAUUGAACUCGAUGUGGUUGCGCAGAAAGUCUUUGGCUCGCUUUCUGACCCGAGGUGCUCAAAAUUGAGGCAGUCUGUUCAAUAUUAUAUCAAUGGCACCAAAGAGGGAUUCUUGCGGUACAAACCGGUCAAACCAACUAAAGGAUUCAAAACUGACCCAAAGGAAAAAGUGCAGGCACAAUCAAAUUCCUCCGAUGCAGUUGCGAGUUUGGAAGAUGAUGCGAAUUUGGAAAUGACGGGAUUCGCUUCUGAAACUGUGGAGAGUGAACGAGAGACCUUGAAGGCUUAUGAAGAAGUUACCGCGAGCGCUAAAGCUCCAGCACCCGAAAUUGUUAUCGAGCCGCCUGUGGGUCCAGGACACGGAGAUGCUGAUAACGCUCGAGUUGAAGAGCAAAUACCAGCGACUGUGGGCAAUGGACAUGCCGUCAAUGGAACUCACAACCUUUUGAUCAGUUCUUCAAGUUCGAGUAGCAGUUCCUCGGCAACAUCUCCGUCGCAUGCGACCACUGAUUCAGCAAAACAAUCCGAGAAACUCUCGAGUGUACCAAGCACAGUUCCGGAAGUAAUGCGCACAGCUUCUGAACGUCAUCAAAAAGGCCUGAUGUCUCCACAUAUUUAUCACAUACUCACCGCUGGAGAAAUUAAACUACCGGUUCUUUUGGAGGACGAAAAUCAUCGAGAAUUCCCCUCGAUUCAUUUAAUUUACAGACCUGCGCGGCAGAUGGUUUACGCCAUACUUUUCAAUCUUCAUCACCGAGUUUAUUUGGCAACCAAGAGCAAGGAAAAAGGAGAUACAGAGAAAAUCGAAGUGCCGGAUGUUGCUAUUAAAGAGUGGAUAUGGUCAAAAUCAAAUCCUUACCAGUCUCCGGACUUGGUAAAAGCUGAGCAAAUCGGUUGGGGUGUCCCGACGAUUCAACGCUUGUGGUUUGGAACUGGAAUCGAUGACAAACGUCGACGAAUGAGGGCCUUUGUAACUUGCAUGAUGUCAGACAAUCCCCUCAUGUUGAAUCCUUCAUAUGUACCACAGCAAUUUCUGAUCAUGGCCUGCGUAUUGAGAUAUAUUAUGAUUUUCUCUGACAAAACGAAAAUUCUAAGACGACAAGAAUUGGACGCGUUCAUUGCACAUGCCUUCACUCCAGAAUUAAUGAACUCUCAGUAUCUCCAAGAUCUGCAGCUGCCGCUUGUAACUUCCCGAGGAGUCCAGCUCGCGACUCUUUUCAUGGCUGGCGUGGAAACUGCACUCUUGGCAAAUGACGCCUGUGGGGCCCCGCUUCCCUGGUUAAUGUGCUGUCCUUGGCUUUACUUUGAUGGGAAAUUGUUCCAUCAUACUCUGGCGCGAGCCACGAUUGCUAAAAAUCUUCUGGAACUCUGCGGUGGACACAUCGAUCGAGUCGUUAAGGUCGAAAGAAUGCGAAAGGCAAUCCUCGAGGGAGUCAACGUGGUCUUUGCGAGACCUCCUUUGCCUCUGAAUCCAGGCCUUCGAGUAGCAGUCCCUCCGAAUAUCAUGCCUGCUGGAUGUCCAAUUAACGAGCAGCUGGCACGUGGUCGUGGUUCUAAUAUCGCUGCUCAGCGCGGAUUAAUGCGACGUCCCCCGGUGCCAUCGAGGGGUGGCCAGUUGGAAAUUGCGGGAGUCGUUGUGGGUCAAUGGGGUGCCAAUUACGGGCAACCGGGACGUUUGCCACAACCUCUGCAAGGACAUCCACGUAGCAGACUUCCGCCUCAGGUCACUUCCAUAGGUGGUGUGAAAUACCCAUUUCCUCGGGGAUUUAAUCCCAUGGUUCGUCCAACGUUCCAAACGAGAGGAACCAAUAAUCGAGUUCCAGCUGCUGGACGUGGGAAAAAAACAUCGAUGAAGGCCACAUCAAAGAAGAAGACAGCUAUUAAGAAAAACAAAGAUUUUGAAAGGAAAGUUAGUACUGGACGAGGCCUUACCGUGGAAGGUAUCAACAGCGAUUAUGUGGAGUCUCUAGCGACUCUCUGCUUGACCAAGGAAGUUAUCACGACUCCUGGACAAUUCGACGACGCAGUGGAAAAUGGCCGAGUCGAAAAAGGCCAAGGCGAUGCUGCGCUCACAAAUUCAGUCGCUGCCGAAAACUAACAAGUUUUCCAAACCUUCAAAGCCUCAAAGAUCUUCGACAAAAAAAAAAUCCCGGAUGUGACUGAAGACUGUAACCAAUCUAGUUAUGUGUCCAAUGAGAAGUUGUGCACCGCAUCCAUUUUGCAUUUUUAAAUUCUAAUUUUAUUCCAACUUGAAUAUUUUACACUUUAAAUCUGAUUAUAAUUUCAAUUGGCCUCUCCAAUCUCGUGUCCAUUUCAAAGGAAGUAAAUUAAUUCGAACUUUGACUAAACAAAAAGAAAUUAUAUAUUUUUUUUUAACAGAGCUAGAUUGUUAUUUUGAAUUAUUUGAAAUAAUCUCUUUUCAAAUGCAGCAUCGUUGCGGGCACAUCGACUCAAAACACACGUUAUGCUAUGGUGGGGCCAAACGUUAACUAAACUAGUUAAAGACAACUCCCAAGCACUGAAAGGGGUAUUUUUUUGUUUACCCCCGAAAGUUCGUGUCUUACACAAUACGACGUCCUCACUGCCAAAUACACCACACUCUGUAGAAUAAAAAUCGUGCUUGUGCUGACGAGCGAUGUCCGCUUGUGCCACUGUGAAAUGAAAAUCGACUGAUUGGCGUAUGUAGGCAUGCGUCAAUUUUAUUAAUCGAGAACAAGUCGUCAACUGUUACAAGUAUUUACUUCUUAAGGAGCGUGAUUAUUUUUUUUACAAUGAAAAAUAUAUAUUUUUCGGUAUUAUAUGAAAUGCUCGCUUCGGCCAUCUUGGUAGCCCGUUUUUUUCCCAUGAAAAAGAAAUUAACCAAAAAAAGAAAAAAGGAGAAGAAAAGAAAAAAUGGCCAAGUAGAAACAGAAGUUGUUGCGAUACCAAGUAGAAAAAAAGAAAAGUAAAUUAACAGGUGUCUGGCUUUUGUAGAAUAAUCGAGAACGGGCUACCGAGACAACUUUGAGCGAAUGGAGACUGAUGCUUUUCAUAUAAGUAAAAUAUAUAUUUAUAUAUGAUUUAGGUUUAGAGUUCCCGUAGAGAAUAAUACGUAAGUUGUACGUGCAUAUACAGAAUGUGACUGCGAGUGUGCGACUGAUGAUUCGAGGAAAGAAUUUUGAAUACAUUAUUUAUGCAAGAGACGAAAAGGGUAGGGGAAUUAACGAUAGUGGUGUACAUAAACGUGUUGUGAUUAUAGUUUUAUACACUUGUGCGUGCACGCGUUUUUUUUUUUUUUAGGUGAACGCGGGUGCGCCUCUUCUUUUUUUUCGCGAAUAGAGACAUAUUUAUUUGCUGGUGCGUCUGAAAUCCACCCGAGAGUGACUGUGGUAAAGAUGCAAGAGCUUACCUACACGGAUGCAGACAGACUUUGCAUGUGAUUUUUCAAGCGCAAUUUUCUUGAGUAACUUUCCAAAGUUCGAGUCGAGUCGUUUCAUCAUUUUUCUUGCGAAAUAUUGCUAGUGUUGUAUUUCUAGCCUCUAUUUUGAAUAUUGCGAAGAAGAAAAAUAAUAACAAAUUGAAUUGAUCGGUUUAUAAUUUUCAGGAUUCAAAGUUUGUCUGUAAAUGAAUCUGACUUUGAAAGUUGUUAACCACACAACUAUUUUUGGCGAUAUCGGUGAAAUGGAAGGGGCGAUUGCGAAAUUGUGAUAAGUUGCUCGAAGAGCGGCCUUAUUUUGUAGCAUAUUUACACGAAGUCUGUGUUUGCUUAAUUGUACAUAUGAGCAGUUGCUAGGGAAAGAUGGUGUGAUUGUUUGUACAUACAAAGAACAAUCGUGUGUGAGCUGUUAUUGCACUUGAGAUUAGAAAGCAGUUAUGUUAAAGACGGAACUGUUCUUUUAAAUGAUGUAAACGAUGUUUAAAACACGAGUAACUAAAAAAGUGAAGAAAAAUAAAACAAGACAGCACGAUAACAAAUAAAGAAAGAAAGAAAGAAAAAAGAUUGAAGUACCAAUCAAGACGAGGCAGAGAAGUGUGGCUACGUGCAGAGAUUUAAGAGAGAGAGAGAGAGAGAGAAAGAGCGAGUAAAACAUUUAUCGAAAUAAUAUAACCAGAGGUGAUAAAGACAAAUGUUAUAUUUUUGUAAAUUUGUUAUUGCGUAAAAGUGCAUUAAGACAAUGAGAAAAUGUAUUAAAACUGACUUAACAUGCGGGACGUUCAAUUGCCAAUUUUGAAUGGUAAAUUGUCUAUAAUUGCUUUUAAUAGAACUGAAACAUAAAAAAAAAACAAAAAAGAAAACGAACGAGUAACUGGAACGAAAUGCAAUUUUUGCAAUGACCUUGCGUUAUUUGAUCGACGUCAUAAGAAAUAAUGCAUCGUGUCGCGCUGUAUUCGUUUUUAGUUUUAAAACUUGGAAGACGAAAAUAUUAGUCAUUUUAAACUGACCAUAACCCGAAGCAGAUCACUUUACGCUUUAGUAAAGAUCGCUGAUUUUCAUUCUGAAAAAACUUGAGUCACUCGAUACCGUAUAUUUAAUGCCAAGUGCCCCCCCUUGCACUGCAUUACGAUGAACGAUUUUAAAAAUAAAUACGCUAAAGUUCAAUAAUAAUAAUACUGAAAGAGGAAAUCUUAAGUAAAUGUUAAUAAAUAAUAACAAACAAAAAAAUAAUAAUGAGGGAACGACGAAAAAAAUCAGGUGCGCUGAUUCCGUGCCUGCGUUUUGUUGAAUGCGUAGCCUAGGGACCCACAAAACUUGUCUAUGAGAAUUUAUACUAUACACGUAUUUGUAAAAUAACUAUCCGUAACGUCUGUUACGGAAAUUGUAAACGCAUUGACACCUUUGAAAAAAAAAACAACUAAAAAUCGACUUUUUGUUUAUGCUUCUUAGAGGUGCUUAGCUGAAUGAAAAAAAAUAUCAAGAAAAUGGAUUGUUUUCAAUAAUCAAGCAAAAAAAUUUUUAUUUUGAGUAAAUCCACAGCGGUAGAAUCCUAAAUCGAAAAAUGGGCAUUAAAUGUUGGUUUCUACGCUGUAAAGGCUUUUGUUGUGCUCGAUAUUUCAAUAAGUUUUUUUUUUCGUUCUACCAUAGUUUUUGCUCCUAUACGUAAUAUCGAUAAUUAAAAAAAAAUACGAUAGUGAUCACAAUAUAUUAAUGAUAAAGGACACACAAAAAAAUUGAAACACUAUCGAUGUAGCUGAAAUACAUGUGGGUCCCCUAAUUAUAUAUUCUUAAAUAUUACAUAACAUAUACUCUGAUAUUAUUUCUCAUAGCUAAAGAGUACGCAAAGUAAUUUCGUAAUGUUUUUACAUUCUCAUUUUGCUAUCUAAUUAUUAUGUUUAUUUCUUUUCUUUUUUUUUCUUUUUUUUUGCGUUUAACAAUUUUUCUUUGUACUUUUAAAAGUGUAGGGCGUGAAUUGGAAUUAUAUUAACUAUGCCAUGUAUUCGUUUCGACGCUGCGAAAAUUUGUAUAUAAUAAUUUCUCCAAAAUGAAUUUACGAGCGAGACAUAUGCGAAUCCGUUGUUUAUUAUGAUUUGACGAGGAAAUUGGGUCAGUGCAUGUUAUAAGAGAAAAAUCGAAGGAAUUUUUCAAUCACUAUAUAGUGAUAGUCGAAUCGGACCAUUUACGAUCUGGAACUUAAUGAUAACAAAAAAAAAAAUUGUGAAAGAAUAGACUAGUUGUUGCUGCUGCUGCACUCAUAAUUCAAUGUCUGGUGUAGAAGAAAUCAAUCCAUUUAAUAUCGCUGCAUUUAUAUUAACAAAUGAAAUCAAUGUAAUCAAUCAUUGAAUUACUCCAUAGUAUAUGUGUACCCCAUUCAAAAUGUCUUAGUGUUCAAGCAAAGCUGAUUCUUGCUUUGAAAUUUGCUGCUUUACUAUCCAAUAUCAAAUAAUCAUUAUAAUCUGAAUUAAUCAUGAAACUUGAAAGAAAUAUAAGGGUAAAUUUUGAGAAUCAGUGCGAGCGAAAACACGAGAUAGGCGAAAGUUAAUAUCAUUAUUCUGAAGAUAAAGGCGCAUUUAAACUAUCCCCAAAGAAAAAAUACAAAAAAAUAAAAUAAAAAUAAAUAAAGACAGGUACAUAUAUUUCGAAAGUAGAAUUUAAAAAUGUAAACGUAGUAUUGAAAAUAAUAAGUGAAAAACUGCACUUAAAUGAAUGUUGUAACGAUUUAGAGUAUUGGAAUAUUUGGUGUAAAUCUGUCAUUGCUCGGCUGCUGUAAACGAUCAAUAUUACAAAUAAACAAUGGCUGGAUAGAAUUUUUAAGAGAAAGUUUGCUGUGAAAAUUGUAUACAAUUUUGAUUUAGACGAUUUUUGUUGAGUCGAUUUUGAUUUUGCACGGGUGGAGUCGGACCAAUGGCAGAUAUUUCGUUUUUUUCACUUUGCGAAUUAAUUUUAAUUUUUUUUUCUUUUGUAAUGCGUAUGCUAAUUAUGUUACGCGCGAAGAGUUAGAACGGUUUGUAGAUCCUCUUUGUUGAGUUCAGAGAAUUUGGCCAAAUUUUUCAAUCUGGAUUCUUUAAAAAAAGCUAAAAAAUUUAAAUCUGUUCUCAGCAUUGGGGUUCAAGGAUGUGGUUGGCUGAAAUUUUCGGAAUUUAAUGGUUUAUUGAAACGUGUUGUCAUGUCUUGAAUAAAAUAAAAAAA